AUGGUGCGAUCGCCGACUCCUAGCAUACCGUUGCGUAUGGUCGGUGGUCAUCCCCUUCCCGCCAACGGAAUGCGACCACCUCCGUCACCGAGCUAUGAAUCGGCUCCGUAUAGCUUCAAGUUACGGGUCCCUCCCCGCCUUUGUCCUGCCAGACAGCUUGACUCGUCUCCAGAAACCAACACAGGCGGUGAUCAAUCAGCGCGCUAUCAAUCUCACAGUCCUUUCCCUCAUCCUUCAACCUCAGAAGUCCAUCAUACGUCCUCGAGGGUGGGUCGAGCCCCUUCCAGACCCCAUAGAGACUAUCAUCCGAAUCACGAAUUCGAAACAAACAUCCCUGGCUUGGAGUUGCGCGAGAGUCAGAACAUCAAGACUCGUACCAAGGCACCUGCAUCGGGUCACCAGAACCACCACCACCACAGUUAUAGGUACAUACACUCGGGAUCCCGAUCCCGUAGGCCUUGCGACAACAUCGACCACCAGAUUAAGGAUCCGGUGCCUAUGUAUGGCGUAGCGCUUGUUGACGACAGAGGCGGUGUUGAAUUCUUAGCCACCGACAGGAUGGACGACUGGUUGGCGGGUGUCGAGAAUGAUGACUUCAUAAUCUAUGAAGACCCUGUGGAACACGGACCAGAAAGAGACGACAUCGAAAUGAGCAGUGCCGAACCCCAAACUGAUGAAUCUGGACUGGCGUCAACCGUCGUUCGUUAUGCGAUGAUGGAGAUAGAAGACGGCGGCGACUCAGACAAGGAGAACCAAAACGACGCCCCGAAGUAUCGCCGCAUUCGCAAACCCACCCCUAUAAAGCCUACUAUCCUGAGGGAGAUCAAACUGAACCAGGUCAAGACUGAAAUUGUCAAGGAGGACGAUGCGAAGACCAUUUGGCCGAAGGUGGAUGACUCUAUGCUUAGCGUUCUCAAGCGGAGGAGUAUCAAGCGUCAAGCUGUGCGUCCAUCCUUAGCCCAGCACCAUGACGUAGAUGAAGUGGCCGCUAACGGUUUCCGUGCUUCCAAGCAAGCAGGUACUUCAUCUGUCGGCACCCGGGAGGUGUUUAGCCGACUGAGCUCCUGGUCAUGGGUGCCUGGCUCCGAGAAGUUGCGCUCCGUCUCAGGUUCUUCUGGACAAGAGAGAAAAAUCAAGAUUUGCCUGGAAAAGAUAUCAGAUGUCACUCCUCGGCACUCGCCGAUUACCGACCACCAAAUCCCAACCGCUCCCUCGUCCCAUGCUACAGAUUAUCACAGUUUCUCCAUCAUCGCUGAUGACGGAAAGCUCGUCACUAUCGAGCUCUGGGACUUCCCAGGUAACAUUGCUAAUGAGCGGACCACUCAGCUAGCUUCCAACUUUUUCCAAGCUGCCAUCAUCUGCUACAGCAUCGAGGACGUCAAGAAUCUUCCGGCCAUCUGCGAUACGUGGAAACCCAAACUCGACCGCUCCCUCAUCGAUUGCCCUCGCUUUCUCCUCGGCCUCAAGAAAGAUCUCCGCCCUGCCUUCCCGCCUCUCGGCCUCAGCUUUCUGCCUCGAAAGGAGCCUGUCAUGGCCGACAUGGGUCGCAGCGCAGCCUACCACUCCCGUGUUGCCGGCUAUGGCGAGUGCUCGGCAAGGACGGGUGAAAACGUCGACGACGCAUUCCGCGGCAUUGUCAACUUCACCCUGAGCCACAUGAGAAAGAAGGAGAUAGGCAUUGCCCAUGGAAAGCGUCGAGACAAGGCUAAGGAGACGGUCAAGGAUGCGGGCAAGGUCAUGGUUGAUGCGCUGUGUGGAUUCCCGAAUGGCCCGACUCCGGGCCGUGCGUGGAGCCGUCACUUGUAG